UUAUGAAGGUUCAUUAAAAUUUCAAAUUUUGUGAAAGCAGAGAUCGGAAAGCUUUAACUUUUACUAUAAGUCAUGAAGCAAAUUCUAUAAAAUAAUUAAAAUAACACCGAAUGACGUGGAAGUUUUCAUAGGUUAACUUUCUAUGUUAAGAAAAUUAUAUACAAAUUUAUGAAUACUUAUAUGAAUAAAACUACUAAAAAUGUUUGAAGUAAAUGAUGUGCAAAAAAUUGGUGUGGGAUUGGCAGGAUUUGGUAUAGCAUUUCUCUUUCUGGGUGUUUUGUUACUAUUCGAUAAAGGAUUACUUGCAAUUGGAAAUAUUCUCUUUAUAUGUGGCUUAGCUUGUGUUAUAGGAUUGGAAAGAACAUUUAGAUUUUUCUUUCAAAGGCAUAAAGUUAAAGCAUCAAUAUGCUUUUUCGGCGGUAUUAUUGUAGUUCUAAUUGGAUGGCCAUUGAUUGGAAUGAUCAUAGAAACAUAUGGAUUUGUUCUACUUUUCAGUGGAUUCUUUCCUGUUGCGAUUAACUUUUUAAGAAGAAUACCCAUCUUAGGCACAUUUUUAAAUAUGCCAGGAAUAAGUAGUAUAGUAGAUAAAUUGGCUGGUGAUUCUAAUAGAACAACGCCUUCUAAAUUGUGAUUUUGCUGACUUAUAUUUUGAACAUGGGUUUCUCAAACUGGGACCUGCAAUUAGGAACAGAAGGAACAAGGUAUACAUGAAAAACACAUUGUAUCCGGUCCAUACAACUCUAAGCUUUCCAACAUUUGUAUUUUAUUCAAAUAAAUAUAAAUAAAAAUCAUAAUUCGACAAUUUUACUUGUAUUUAUCUUAAACAUAUUUACAGUAUUUCCUCAAAAACUGUUAAAUACAAUAAGUUAACUUAAAUACAUGGAUGUUCUGAGAAUGUGGAUGAGCUCAAGAUUGUAGAACUGAGUUUGAUCUACACAAUUUUUGCCUAAAAGGUUCGACUACUCAGAAAGCAGCCACCCGUGAUUCCAUACCGCCUCACAUUUGACAAUAAAAUAUAUGUA